CUCCAGCAGUCCUCCUGCCUCAGCCUCCCAAAGUGCUGGGAUUACAGGCAUGAGACUCCACAGCCAGCCGUCACUUAAAUUAUGCUUAGCAUCCCACAGUGUUUGUAAGUUCUUCCUGACUUCUAACCCAGUCUCUCCUCCCAUAUUCCAAGUCCUGUAUUUUGGGAAGCAGAGGGAUGUGAUAUUAAAGGAGAGUGAAAGGAGAAUAAGGAUUAGAUCCAGCUGCAGGAUGAGGUGCUUUUGGGAGACGGUCAAGCAGCGCUAGUUGAAGUUUUUAAUGUUUCUCAUGGGGCUGCAUAGAUGAGGCAACAUCACCCAGCAAGGCUUCUGUCUCUAGACCAGGUACCCCGAUGUUUGGCACUGACUCUAUAAAGCAUGACAAAGCUGGAGAAAAGCUUUGGGGGGUCACUUCCCUCCUCCGUUUUGCAGGUGAGGAAACUGAUGUCUGGAAAGCAGCAGGCGUCAGUGGAGACACUCCUAGCCCUGCUGCCUUCUCACUGCACACACUUCCAGAUUCAGACAAACCAGAAAGGAAACCCACCAUGCAGGACUGUCCAUGCGGUGGCUCUUCCUGUGGCCCCAUUUCUACGCGCUUCCAAGGACCUCACCAUAGUCCAGGACCACAAGCCAAGGCUACCCCAGCGUCCUUACCAUCCUGGGAAUGGGAGGAGCCAGGCCCAGCUCUGUCCUGUCUGCCCCGGAAGUCUUCCCUGAGCGCUGGCCUCUUAUUAACCCAUCUUUGUCUCUGGCUUGUUGGUCCCUGUUUCUUGUCUGAUUAGGGAACCCCUGAGGUCAGAAUCUUUGUCUCCCCAAUCAGAUUGUCAGGUAGGAGUUGGGGGCAGAUGCGGGGUCAUUUCUACAUGUGAGACCAAAUAGUGGUCCUGUUUAAGUUGAUGCCCUUGAAAGAAAAUUCUGGAAAAGCUCCUCAGAUGCACAGAUACACAGAAUCAGACCUUGGGCAAAGUGUGUAGUUGUGCUUUUGAAGCUGUGCAACCUUGGACAAAAUACUUGACUUCUCUGUGCCUCAGUUUCCUUAUCUGUGAAGUGGGGGUGGUCGUGUAUCGAUACCUUCCCCAUGAGGUUGAUGGGAGGAUUGAGUUAAUAUAAAGCAUUUCAGACAGUGCCAGUUUCUUACACGUACACACACACACACAUGCUUCGGAGGUCUGCCAGGCCAGGGCUCAUAGCCUUGAAUCUACCCAUGGUAGAGAGACAACCUGCCUUGCAGGCUACCUGCCCUCCCAGCAGCCAUGCAGGGGAUCUGCCUCUCUGCUGCCGAUUAUCCCCUGCCCUGGUCAGAGCCUCUUCCCAAAGGUACCUCCAAGGCCACAGUUAUCCAGGUCUCUGCUUUGGGGCUGAGUUCCACUUCACCAUCACCUGCCACAGUGCACACGGACAGCUCCAUCAGGAGAAGCAGGGCGAGGCAAGGCAGCAUGGUGAGCCUGCACUGUCCCGGAACGCUCUGGGAGUCCCUCUCAGCCUGAAGAAGCCUCUUGCAGGCUUUGGUUCGCUCUUUGGCUCCUUGAGUGUAGAUAGGGGAAACUUCCCCUGUUUUCUGGUCCUUCCAGCUGUUCCUGCUUCUUUCCUUCAGCUUAACUGACCCCCAGGCCAGUUUCUGUGACUCCCCUCCCUCCCUGGCUGGACAGGCCAAUGAUAUUAAGGAGCUGCUCAGGAGGAGGGAUCAGACCUCUUCACUGCCACCCCCUAACAUUUGAUUCCAGGGCUUAACAUUCUGAUGCAACACCUGCCUCGCCUAUGGCUGUUUCCCUGGUGGCAGGUGCACAGUGGGGCAGUGUGUGGGACCUGGAGCUUGCAGCUUCCAGGCUGGAAACCCUGAGGGGAACUUCUCAUCUUAGGAAUAAAGGGAGGGGGCCAUAUGCCUUCUCUCUUCCUAGUGCUCUGCUCCCCUGUGCAGAGAAGCCUCUCCCUGGAAAUUAGCAGUGUCCCCUUUCUGUCCCUUCCUGUCUUUGAGCCCCCUCCUCUCCAGCACUCUCCUCCAUCAAUAGUCCCUGUGUGUGCAUAAGAACACAUGUCUUGCUCUAAGAGAAAUAACAGUGCUUAAAGAAAUGAGGCUCCUCACAAAUGGGAAUUGGGAUUUGCCAGAAAAAUGGCCGCAGGUUUCAAGCGUCAUUGGCUCUAAAUGAUCUUUCCCCUGUUGUCAAAGUGAUCUCUCUAAAUCCCUAAACUGACUUGCCUCUCCUGCUCACCACCUUCCAGUGUCUCCCCACUGCCCUCGAGUGAACUCAAGCUCCCUAGCGUGGAGUUCAUGGUCCUUCAUUUAGUUCUUCCCUCUCGCCUGUCCACCCAGAUCCAUUCAUCCAUCUAUCCACUCAUUGGUCUAGAACAAGGGCUCUGUGGUCACAGAGGCCUGGAUUCCAAAUAGCUGUGUGACCUUAGGCACAUUACUUAACUCUUCUCGAGAAUCCUUGUCUGUAAAACAGGAUUAAUAAUAGCACUUGUUUCCAAAGUUUGAGGAUGAAAUGAGAGAAUGCCCUGGAGCACUUAGCACAAUGCGUGAUGGUCAAUAUUUACCACCUGCUGACCUUUUUUUUUUUUUUCACACUACAAUAGUUAAUUUUAUUUGUUCAAGAGCUCAUACUGCAAGCAUUAAACCAAGCAUAGGCUUUGAUUCUGUGG